UUACACUGGUGGCAGGAAUGGCGGCUAAGAUUACUAGAGGAAGGAGCCCAAAGAAUCCAUGAAACUUUACUUCUAACGGCCCCGCUGAGGAAUUUGUUUCCAGCGAAACGCAGAAACACCAUCCCAUGACGGACUAAAGGGAGAACGAAGCGCUAUAACGUGAGAUAAACGCGGUUAGUUGUCCAGCUUUGAGAAGGUGGACGCUAGUUAGCUUAACGUUAACUGCCACUGACUUUGAUUCAAGGUAGCGGUUAGCUCGCAGUGCUGCUAGCCAGCUGUUGGCUACUUUUCUUGGCUGGCCCAACAAGUUAACUAAGUCAAUAACUGUAUGGAAACAUUCCUCAUUUUAGUAUUUGAGUGGUGAGUAGCUGUCAUUGUGAACAGAUAGUAUUGGGGGCUUUUACAGAGAGUGGGCUCAGACGACAACAGCGCGUUGAGAACAUUAUUCCUGCUAACCUAGCUAGUACUGGAAGGCUAGCUAAGUUUGAAGUCUCGCCCAUUUUUUUUUGGUCCUGCCCCAGCUAUUGGCUAAGGGCUAAUCAACAGCCGAGUAGCCCGGUUUUCAGGGUCGAUUGGUACUACGAUGGAAAGCUUAACGCUGACUGAUUACGAGCAGAAAUAUUACUCGGAUUUGUUCAUUUACUGCGACACGGACAAUACCAAAAAAGUGGCUUCCAAUGGGAGAGUUCUUGACCUUUUCCGGGCGGCCCAGCUACCCAGCGAAGUUGUCCUGCAGAUCACAGAGCUUUGUGGAGCCACUCGGCUGGGUCACUUCGGGCGGAGCCAGUUCUACAUCGCCCUGAAGCUCAUCGCCAUCGCCCAGUCCGGUCUGCCCCUGAGGGUCGAGAGCCUCAACUCGGUCAAAGACUUGCCGCUGCCCCGGUUCGUGGUGGGGAAGAACGAGGCGGAGGCGAGGCACGCAGCACUGUACACAGACACGGACGGUCUGUUCCCGGCCUCCACUGCUGCCGUGAUGCCCAGACCGCCUGGCUGGGUUAUCCAAAACAAGAAAGGUCCCCCAGCAUCCACGUCACUUCCUGUCCAUGAGGUCGUCCAGCCCCUGGCGCCAAGCAUAGAACCACAGGUUAGUAAUCUUACUCUCCUCAUAUAG